AUGAUUUGUUCCCCCCGUUCCCAUUUCCAGUGGUCUACCCCUCGCCCCCGGGGGUCGGCUUUUCUAUUCCCAGACAUGCCGCUAGGCGUGCUCACUGCGGUAUAG